AUGAAUAGAAAUAACUUGGUUUUUGACUCUGAUGCUAUAAUGGACCAACUCGCUGACUCGGAUUUGGGCGAGAACUUUGACAACGAUAAUGAUUGGCAUCCAUCUGGUGAGCUACCUAGUUUUAGCUCCGAUGACGAAGACGAGCAAGAAGCAAGAGUUUCAACAGUAGCAAGUCCAUCAUUGUCGAAUAAAUGGACUCGCAGACAAUUCAUCGGUAAACCCAUGCCUACACUAAUCUCGGAGUCGACUUUCUUAUCUGUUCCUUUGAUUUCUUUUAAGUUUACCUAUUUCAAAUAUGUAACACAUUAUGUAUUUACUGAAAAUCACAUUGAUACGGAAACAAGUAAAACUAAAGAAUAUACAGAAAUGAGUUGUGAGCAGAUUGACAAUGUCAUUUUGGAUCUUCUUGCAAGAAAUAAAGACAAACAAAUUACUGAAUUGAUAAAAACUUGCAGUGAUUAUCGCAAGUUAGUAAGUGAAAAUACAUUGAAGAAAUUAUUCAGAAGUUAUAGUAUAACAGGCAAAACUGACAAAGUGAUACUUCUUCAAAAAUAUUGUUCCGUUGUGGAUCCAAAUCUUUAUAAGCUCAAUGGAGAAUUUAUGCACUACUUAGCCAAAGCACAUUGUUAUAAAGGAAACUCUGAGAAAGGUCUUUCAAUACUUUCUCACUGUUAUAAGAAGUAUGAUGGUUUGAGAGGUUUUUAUAGGAUAAUAUUUAGAGAAUUAAUCCAAGACUCUGUUUUAAAUCGAUCAGAGGCUACUUUAGUCAUUUUCAAGAAGUAUGUUUUAGAAUUUAGUAACAAGUUUGAUGAUAACUAUCCUCUCAUCUGUUUUUGGUACAUAUGCUGGUCAAGUACUUGGUUCUCUGAUCAAAUGUUAGCCAAUGAAUUAUUGGAGUCCUCUGAAAAGUUACAAAAUAUAGUAAGAGAUAAAGCAACAACAUUUAGUAUUAACAUUUUAAGAGAAUACAAUGAUGAUGCUGUGCUGCGAUUACUACAGUCACUACUCAAGUAUAAAAUGAUGUCAGAUUAUGUAAAAGUGUUACAAGUUUUAUUUGGUUACAAAUUGAGAAACCGAGAUCUUCGAGGUUGCAGAGAAAUAAUCCUUAAUUGUGAAGCAUUAGGCCUCUCUUUGCCUGCGGACCAACAAGGACAGUAUAUCAGAUUGCUUAUUGACAACAAAUUACCAAAUGAGAAACCGACCCCUUCGAAAAUUGUUUCUAAAGAUUUCAAACUUAGGUUUUAA